AUGAUGGCGGAGGGCGGCGGCGGGCCGGCGCGGCGGAAGGCGCUGUCGCUGCUGGAGGCGGCCCGCUCCCGCUACGAGAGCCUGCAGAUCUCAGACGAUGUCUUCGGGGAGUCGGGCCAGGACAGCAGCGGGAACCCGUUCUACAGCACCUCGGCCGACUCCCGCUCCGCCGCCUCUUCCCAGGACGAGGAGGACGACGAGGAGGGCGAGGGGCGCCCGGAGGGGCGCCCGGAGGGGCCGUGCCCGCGGAGCAGGGCGGCGCGGCGUCGCGUCCCCAGGCCGGCGGCGGCCCCGGCGGAGCGGCGGCGGCAGCAGCAACGACAAGCAGGAGGCGGCGCGGUGCCGGGCGGCCCGGGCCCGAUGGAGGAGGGGGAGGAGGAGGAGGACGCGGAGACGGGCGGCUGGACGCGGUCUCUGCGAGACGUCCCGCCGCCUCGCUUCAAGGAUAGCAGCGGUCCAACACGAAAAAUGCCCUUGACUGCCAGUGCCAUGGACUUUUUUCAACUCUUUGUCCCCGACAACGUACUAAAAAACAUGGUGGUACAAACCAACAUGUAUGCCAAGAAGUACCAGGAGAGAUUUGGUAGUGACGAUACCUGGAUUGAUGUCACCUUGACGGAAAUGAAGGCUUUCCUAGGCUAUAUGAUAUCGACCAGCAUCCACCACUGUGAGUCUGUUCUCAGCAUAUGGAGCAGCGGCUUCUAUAGCAACAAGAGCAUUGCACUUAUCAUGACACAAUCACGGUUUGAGAAGAUCCUGAAGUACUUCCACAUUGUGGCCUUCCGCUCGAGCCAGACAACGCAUGGACUCUACAAAAUCCAGCCUUUCCUGGACUCUCUGCAGAAUGGCUUUGACUCUGCUUUUAGACCUUCACAAGCCCAGGUUCUGCAUGAGCCCCUGAUUGAUGAGGAUCCUGUUUUCAUUGCCACGUGCACAGAGAGGGAGCUGCGCAAGAGGAAAAAAAGGAAAUUCAGCCUCUGGGUUCGUCAGUGCUCAUCCACUGGUUUCAUCUGCCAGAUUUAUGUCCAUCUCAAAGAAGGCAGUGGUGCUGACGGGCUGGAUGCUUUGAAGAACAAGCCACAGCUGCACAGUAUGGUGGCCAAAAGCCUUUGUCAGAAUGCCUCUGGGAAGAACUACAUUAUCUUCACUGGCCCAAGCAUUACCAGCCUCAAUCUCUUUGAAGAAUUUGAGAAGCAAGAAAUUUACUGCUGUGGGUUGCUGAGCGCCAGGAAGAGUGACUGUACAGGCCUACCUCCAUCCAUGCUGAACAACCCUGACACUCCCCAGUCCAGAGGACAAUACAGAAUAAGAAUGAAGGGAAACAUGUCCUUGAUCUGCUGGUACAACAAAGGGCACUUCCGUUUUCUGACUAACGCCUAUUCACCGGUUCAACAAGGAGUUAUAAUUAAGAGAAAAAGCGGAGAAAUUCCAUGCCCCUUGGCGGUUGAAGCAUUUGCUGCUCACCUUAGCUAUAUCUGCAAAUACGACGACAAAUACAGCAAGUAUUUUAUUUCUCACAAACCAAACAAGACCUGGCAGCAAGUAUUCUGGUUUGCCAUCAGCAUUGCUAUAAACAAUGCCUACAUCCUCUACAAGAUGUCAGAGGCCUACCAUGUGACGAGGUAUAGCCGUGCACAGUUUGGUGAAAGACUUGUAAAGGAGCUUCUGGGCUUGGAAGACAUCUCACCUUCCCAUUGAUGUAACGUUCUUGGAGGCAUAGGCAGGAGGUGGAAGGUAAGCAGAAGAAAAUACCACACCUGCAACAGCAAAGCAAGGAACUUCUGAUGCCACCAGUGCUGUCCUUAUCCAAAAACACCAAGUGAUGCCACUAGAGAGGUGGAAACUUUGUUCCUAGCAGCAGCUGGAUGUAAACAUGUUCUGCAGAAAGUGCCACAAGAAACGCUGACACAAAAUUGCAUAUGUGAAUGCCCUGUGGGUAUCUGUACACUGGAAAUGGACUUAAAUUAGUUGUCUCUCAAUGCCGUUCAUUAAACAGGGUCAUCUUGUAAAGUCAUGCUUGGGCUCAGUGCUUUCCACAAGCUGAGAUAGCUCAGCAGGCCCAGGUGGGCAUUGCGUAGAACUCUAUACCUUAUUUGGAGUUAUUCAAUUCUAGGACAAGUAGUGUAAGUCUGUACCAUGGACUGUGGUUGAGAGUGCCAACCACCUUGUAGGAACCAUUGCUGUCCUCACAGUGUGCUAGAAGAAGCAGUUCCAAGACACAAACCCCAAAUAGGCAUAUUGACUAAUAAAACCUUUAAAGCAGGCAGCCAGGAACUGAGAACUGAUUAAGACUUUUUUCUUUCUUUUUUUCUUUUUAAAGCAUAAGGCAAUUUGAUCCCCUGUAGAUCACAGCAAGAUUAGAAGAAACCAAAUACAUGAGUAAAUUUAAAAUGGAAAAGCAUGACACUGAUUUUUUUUUUUUUUUAAACCAAGAUGAAACAUUUUAUACAUGAACAGUGAGUGGAUUAAUACUGCCUCACAUCUUAACUGCCAUGGCAGUUAAAAUCUGUUGGUAUACAGAUCAGAAAUAAGAACCUAACAAUCAUAUUUUUUCUUGAUUUCAGCCAUCUUGUAUGUUGCUUUAAAGUCUAACAUAACGGACUGUUAAGUGGAUAACAAAAACAGUUUGUUUAAUUUCCUUUUAUAAGCGUCAAGACUUCUCAGUCCAGUUUGGAACUUCACUUGGCACACAGUUGGCAGGAAGAAAAUAAUUCACUAAUAGCUGUGUGUUUCACAUUAUCACUGCAGGAUGUUCUGUAGGAAUUCUUCUCACUAGAACACAGGGUUUGUUGCAGUAGCUGUAAUUAAGCAGAUUACUUGUUUAUCAAAAUAACAUAGCAUUGUGUUUUGCAAAAAGAAAGAAGUCCAGUUACAGCCAGAAGUUAAGCAUCACUAGAACAGAGCAAGCCUAAAGAGUUCACCUGAGUCACACUGUAGAGGACAAGCAUUGUCAUGUGCUGGGGCCUGUGGCUGAGCAACUACAAUUUGGCAUUGGUGGAAUCUGAAGGCAUUAAAGCUUUAGGAAGCAGUGGAGAGCGAGGGAAGUAUGGUUGAACCAGGAGAGAAUAUGGAGGUGAAAUACUGCCCUGCCCUCCACGCAUUAUUGAUUUCAGUCCACAACUCAAUCACCAAAAAACCGUCUGUAUUCUAAAGGUUAACAGUGAUGAAAAUAGAGUUGUAUUAACUUACAAGGCAUAAACCAUGUUGCUAGAAGGACCAACUGAUUUUUGGUCCCCAAGCUUAGCAUUUCCUGAGAAAUUUUAUCAAAGAACAACUUGGGCUGAUUCAAGAGUGAUGGAGUGAUUGAUUGAUUGAGAGAUCAAUGUAAACCUCACUAGUUUAUAUGAAGGGUCGUGAACAUGAAUUUCAGAACUGCCUGAAUUCCAUUGCUAUGACCAUCAGAUAUGCCAAGGCACUGCAAAUACGUAUUGUGUAAAUCAGCAGGGGCUGGUAAAUUACUCUCUGGCUCAGAGAGAAUCCUUGCACUGACAGCUGUCUGUUUCCACCAACGUUUUGGUUUUUGGGGUAAGCUUAGGCAGAUCUCACCUGGUUGCAGGGAAAGUAAAGGGACAGCCAACACUUCAGUGGUUCUGCUUGCAGUACCACCUGGAGACUGCCCCACCUGUCCUGCUCUGCCUGCCAGCCACAAGAUGAGUGACAACCUACAGGUUUCUUAGGUGCUCAUUUUCUCAGUCCACAGCGUCUCCAUCCUGGAAAAGAGAAUAGCAAAGGUUACAACCAUGUGCACUGGAGGUCUCAGAGCCUCAAGAGGAAUGGGAGGGUUUGUACCACUGUAAGUCCUUGGCAGUGCUGGGCUGUGGAGGGCCCUGAAGAUGAAUUCAAAUCUCCUUGUCCCAGCAGGGAAUGGAGAUGAUCCUUCUGCAGACUGAAUGUGUGUGUGGCUGGGUCUUACCAGUCUUCUAAAUAUCGUAAGUGGAGGGGGAGACAAAAGUCCAGCUGUCAGUUUCCAUUUCUUAAGAAACUCCAGAGAUACCUGAAGGCAAAUGGUGUUAUUGUUCUGAGAUCUCUGCUUAGGCAGUGCUGGCUUUCAUUGUGACAGGAUGAUUAGUGACAACUUUCUUAUGCCCUGUAAGUUUAUAUGGCAGUCAGAGUCAGGCUAGUAAAGAUAGGUGUGGCAGGAACUCUGCAGGUCAAACGUUGCAUGAACAGUAGCUGCUGGGAGCCCAUUCCCCUGCUAAACCAGAGCAUUUGCAAGAUGCUGACGCCCCCAGCAGCAAUGGAAAGGCUUGCAGAGCUUCCUAGGAGCUGCUUUGCAUGUCUGAGGAGCAAGCACAGCACUCUCCAGCUGUGUUGUAGCCCCUUCAGCUGGAGCUGGAGCCCUUUGCAAAUUAUUACAUCAUUACUGUGUAUGCUUGAAGGCCUGGAUCUAUGCCUUCCCAUUUAGUAAAUGCCUUUUCUUUUUCAGGUGUCAGUAGGUCCAAGGUUUUGGAACAUUGAGUUUUUCUACUAACUUAUGUUGUUAAUUACGGGAAUUACUUGAGCUAAAAUGACGAGGUCCUAGCUUUUUGCCUCAGGGACUGGGUCCUGAGUAGUUUUCCCUAGAAUUGGUGUUGAUGGGGGAUUACACAGUGGCUGACUAUUACAGGGAAGAUGCUUUAGUCUCCUUUUGCAAAGGAGAAAAAUUUAAACAAAAUUAUAGCUUUGCAAUGAAUUUCAUUUUCUUAGCCUUAACCAUCCUUCAUCAUUUUGAACAGGUGCCCUAAGCAUGCUCAAACAUUCCAUAAGUAAGCAAAAAUAUUUAUAUAUAUUUGUAUGUACAAAAUGCCUGAAUUUUGGCUCUGAAAGCCAACAAGCAGAACCCACCAAAGCAUAGUUUAUAUCCACAGAUAACUGUUCCACCUUAUCUUCUCCAUCUGUUGACUUGGAGUGGAUAGGGUUGAGGAAAGUUAUGAUUUUUCCUUGUCAAAAAAGCAUCUUGCACUUUCUCUAAGUUACUAUUAAAAAAAAACACCAAAAAACAAACAAACAAACAAACAAAAAAAACCCAAACCAAAAACAAAACAAAAAACCCAGCAAAGUAAUCAAGGAAGAAAUAGAAUGAGAUUAAAAAGCAAAAGUUCAUUAAUCUGCAGCUCAGAUUCUGUAGCAUUUCCUUUACUGCAAAUUGGCUGACUCAGAUUUGGUUCUCCCACCUGCCUGUAACACUAAAGCUUCUCCCUAGGUAAAGGGGAAAAAAAAAAAAAAAAGAUUUAGUCUCAAAGUAGUGCAAGGAUGCUGGUUGUACUGUGCACGUGUAUGUUAACUGUGCAAUGGCUUGUGAGAUGACACGAAGUUUUCCUAUCUUUUGUUUUGUUUUGUUUUGUAUCCUUGAGACAAUCUGGGUAAGAGAUCUUAAAGCUCCGCAGUGGCUAAAAGACAGUAGAAAUACCAACCAGGUCACAGAGAAACUUCUGUACAUUUUUCUGGGAAUGAGAGUUUGAAGCUGAAGUAAACAUGGGAUCAGAAAGACUCAUGUCUCUCCUGCUGAACUGAAUUUUAAUUCAUCUGUACUUCUGAAAAUGAUUUAACUAUGGUAUGCAAACUCUGUUCCAGAGAACCAAGACCAUCAGUGAGACAUACUGACCAUCUUCUAUGCACAGUGCUUCUUUCAAGAAAUGUCUGUCCUGCCAUGGUCCAUUCAUGGAAAGCAUUUCUUUCCUAGUGCAUAAUAUAACAAUAUGACAAGAGCUCAGAAGCCACUGUGAAAUGGUUUCCACUGCUGUUGUCUUAGCUGAAAAAUGCUCCAAGGGCUUGCAGAAACUCUGCCAUUUUUUACUUCAGCCCAUUUGUGCACUCAGCACUAGGGCACAAUUUAAAGACGCCUCUUCUCUGUUUAUUAUUUCUUUUCUCUGGCCCCAGCUCUUCUUCAUUUACAGUGACAUCCCAGAGCCACUAAUAGGUACAACUUUGCUUUCUUCAGAAAAAUACAUUUACCCAUUUCCAGACUGGCAUGAAGGAGAGCAACUCCAAGCCCUUUUGUCACCUUCAGCUGUGCUUCUGUGGCUGUGGCUUUUUAUUUUUGCUGAAGGGUUGUUUUUUUUUUUUUCCUUCUAGUAUUUAGUAGACUGCCUUGAGCUGUGGGUAGUUAAAGAACCUUCCACUGGCUUUGUGUCUUGCAUGUCUUAGCAUCCACUAGUCCUGCAUCUGAUUUCAGUGAUGAGCAGAGGUUUAUGCUGCACUGAUAGCUGUGUGUGUCUACCUCUUGGAAAGUGCUCUUACAACAGCGGUAGUCAUCAGAUACCAUUAUCCUUUCACAUAGGAGCUUUCCCCUUCAUAAUCAGUGAGGCACAGCAGAGAUAAAGGCAUGAUAAAACUGUAAAAUGGGGCUUGCAUUCUUGCUGAUUAAGUCCAUGUUCUGUGUUUUCAGCAACUUUGUUCUUUGUCAGUUGUGCUUUUCCAAACUAAAACUGGGAGCAGGAUGGACGUCAUCCUGCUCUGCAGCAAGGGCUGUGGGAGCACAGUAUGGAUUCUUUGCACAUACAGGCCCAUAUGAGUCAAAACCAAGCUGUGCUAAAGGUAAGAGAAAGCUGAAUAAAACAGAGCAGCCCAGCCUGCCAGGGGAGCACAGAGCAGGGAUAUAAACAGAGAAUCCAAAGCCCUGCUGUAGACUAGUCAUCAGUGCAAAAUUCAGAGAAAUAAUUACUAAGGCUGUCUUGAGGAAAGUAUGAAGUCUUCCAUCCAUCCCUGCUGUGGAAUGUGCCACAGCAAUUUCUGAUUACUGUGACUGGUGUGAGAUUGUCUGUAAAACAAGGAUACAUCUCAGUCUGGUUGAGAAAUACAAGCAAGUGUCAAAAAAAAAAAAAAAAAGAAAAAGCUAGUGAUGUUUUGGAAGGUGAGAAACUUCAGCUUUGAAACAUUUAUGUAUUUGGUCUUCAUUAACUAGGCUAUUUUGCACAGAGCUCAGCACUUGCUUAGAUGUAAACUAUUGCCAGCGCUACUUGGUGUAUGUUUCUUCUUGUAAAGGCUCUUUCCAAACCAACCUUUCCUUCCAGAAGCAUUAUGAACUCGAACUGGAAUGGCCCUUUUGUGGUCAUCUCACUGUUGGGGAACAGCUGAGAAUAUCCACGCUUCUGUACAAAAAUUCUCAUUCUUCCAAAAUUUAGCCCUGAAGAGCUUCCCUGGCUAACAAUGCCUUUGGAGCUCAUGCUGAUCAUCCCACCAGCUCCUGGUCAGUCUGGAAGAGGUCACAACAACAGAGUUGACCUUUCCAUUUACUUUUGUAUUAUUACUUCACUGAUCCUUCCUGAUAUUUUGAAAAUCACAGAUGCAACAGGGUAUUGUUUCUGAAGCCUUUACUAAUUGCAGUCACUGUGAAGGUGUUCCUGUUUUGCCCCAUCAGUGCUGCCCCACCAAGUUUCAUAUGGGCCGAAGAGAUAUUGGCAUCAGCUACCCACUGCUCCCAUUGGAAUGGCUGUGAAAGCUCUUAGCGCUGUCCAAGGGGUUGUGGUAUGUUUUUGUUAUCAAUGGUUUGGUUUUCUUUUUCCUUUUUCUCUUUUUUUUUUUGCUUUCCCCUUUUAUUUAAACCCUUCACACUUACCAGACUGAGCGGGCUGGUAAGCAGCUAUUAGGUAUCACAGAAAGGCCUUACGUGGUAAAUCCCUUUUGUAUCACUCUUCUGAAGUAACGACUGCUAGCAUUAGAUGUCAAAGUGGUCCACACAAUGUGUAGUGCAAAAAUUCUAUCCGUGAAAACAUUACUCUGCAAAAAUGCUCAUUUGAUGUAACUGUAACAAUUCUGGAAUGCUUGGGGAAUCUGGAUGGAGAACCUAGUGGGAAAGGAGCAUGGCAUCAUGCUGUAGGGCUGGGACAUUCAGGAUCCAAUUGGAUAAGCAAAGAGAGGCAAGAUGAGUGCCCAUACACCUCUGUUCAUUAGAAUCAAAAAGCCUGCAAACGCUUCAAGUAUUUACAGAAUGCUCUGGAUUUCAAACAGAGCACUCAAUUUCAGUAGUUACCAAAAAAGCCUGGAAACAAUGAAAAAGAGCCCAGUACACUAGGUUCAUCUGUCCAGAGCCUCAACCCACUCAGUGUCAAAGUCAUGCUGUAGUCCUUUUUCUUCAAUUAAUUCGUGCCAAGGUGUGUGCAAAACGUGCUGAACUAUUUGCAUCUCUCUGUGAAACCAAGUUACUCAUUUGAUGGAAACCAAAUUGAAGGUCUCACACUUACUUUUGCAGCCUGGAUUUUUCCUCUGUUUAUAAGCCAAAUAUUUGCCUGGCAUUUCAGUGCAGAAAUUAAAAAUAAUUUUACCCCGUGUUUUGAAGAGAGAUCAGGGACAGCGAAACAAAGAUUUUUGCCACAGGUGUGGCUAAGUGGUGCAAUGAAGUGGCAGAGGGAACAGAAGAGGCUGGGCAUGCAGAAGAAAGGAGCCAGAUGAUCCCUUCUAACUUACCUGUCAGCAUGUGCACUCCCCUUCCCCUGCUGCCUUGAGUCCAAAAGAAAAGGCUGAUGUUCAAUACAGCCACUCCUCUGCUAGCUUCGCUCCAUGCUUUUGCUUACACUGUGCACUUUGGUAAUCACAGAGCAGGGAGUGCGAGGAAGGGAAGCCGAGGGGGUACCAUGGGAGAGAUGGCAGUGAUGGGAAUUCUGGAAAAGGAAUCUCCCCAUCAGCAUCUCAUUCUAGUUUAUGUAUAAAAUGUUAAAGUGGCAUUCCAUUUAAUGCGGCAACUGCACCAAACACAAAGCUGUCAGAGCGCUUUCAAAACAGCUCCAUUGGGCUGCGCUUACAUCAGCGAUUGCAAUUCUGUUGCAGAGUUCCACAUUUCUGUUGAAAAUGUAAAUCCCACAGGUAAAGCAUACACUGCAACUGCUUUCUUUUCUUUUUUAUUUCUCCGAGCAGUUUUCUAACAGCCACGUCUUUUGGGGAAAUGCAUGUGUGUGACCUCUUCACAGAGCGAUCCACAGCUGUGUUUCUGCAUGGGACAGGGAACUACUUUUGUGACACUGGAUUUGUUCUACACAAAGGCACGCUUGCAAUAAAUUUUUACAAGUUUUGUACACCAUGAGCUAAAUUCUGAGUUCCAAAAAUGUGAAGUGUGGCAACAAUAACAAAAUGGAUUUAUAGUAUCACUCUGAUAUCUUGUCAUGUGAAUUUAUUUCUUCAACGAUGUUUGUUUACAAUCAGCAACUUUGAAAUACAGUCAGAUAUAUUA